CCUGCUCUGUCUGCUUCUUGCUCCGGGAGCGGCCAUGGAAGCUGUCGGGAUGCAGCUGCCGGGGCGGAGGAAGGAGGCAGCAGGUGAGAUGGACUCCCCAAACCUGGAAAUGAAUGAGGAGGAGGAAGAAGAAGAAGAUGAAGAGGAGGAGGAGGAAGAGGAGGAGGAGGAAAUCAGGAAUGCAGGGUCCUUGGAUGAGGAUGAGAAAGAGUCAGACCUCUCAGACCAAGAAAUGGAGGAUUUACGGGCUCAGAUGAUACAGCUGCUGGAGGAGCUGGAAGAGGCCCGGGAGAUGGUCCUCAAGCAUGAAGACGACUCACUAGAGCUACAAGGACUGCUGGAGGACGAGCGACUUGCUAGCGCUCAGCAGGCGGAGAUCUUCACCAAGCAGAUCCAGAGACUCCAAGCUCAGAUGCGUUCACUGACAGAUGAGUUCGAUCUGGUGCAAGAAGGCAAGGACGUGGAGCUGGAGCGCCUUGAGCAGGAGCUGCAGGAAGCCAAUGAGGAGAUCCACAACCUGCGCCUGGAUGCCGAGGAGGCUGCAGCCUUGCACGAGAAUGAGAUCGCCGGGCUGCAGGAGGAGCUUUGUCGCCUGAAGGCCGAGCUGGAGCGGGUGCAGGAUGUCCGCAAUGAGUAUGACAUGGAGAUCACCACCCUGCGGGCUGAGAUCAACAUGAAAGAACCAGGCACUGGGGACAGCCAGCCCUCUCCCGAGAUGAUGGUGAUGACACAUUUUGAUGACCGGACUGCCAGUGCCCCCAGUGCGUCAGAAGAAGUGACCAGACUCCAAGAGGAACUGAAAACCAUGAGCACGCAGUACCAGCAACUGAGUGAGGAGUACCAGGUCUUGCAGGAAAGCAACAAGAUCAUGGUUCAUCAGCUCGAGAGGCUGGAGGCCAUGAAGAACAGUGAAUUUCCCUCUGACAGGUCCAAGAGCAAGCUGGACGAUUCACCGAUGCUGUACCUAGACUCGGAGCUGGAGGGGAACGCAGAACGCCGCUUCUCCGUGACCAGGCGAAGCAGCCUUCAGUUGGUCAGCAGUGCCUCCUUGAAGACGGAUCUCACGAGCACCAGCAGUGGGUAUGAUGAGGAGGAGAGGAACUUGAAGCUGGAGGAAGACACAGUCUUGGAGGAGGAAAGUGGAUACGAACCGCAGACCCAGCUGAGGGAGGAGGAGCAGAAGGUGGAGCUGAUCCGGGCCCAACUGCAGUUGCGCCUGAGGGAGGAGGAGGAGAAGGUGGAGCAGAUUCAGGCCCAGCUGCAGUCCUACCUGAGAGAGGAGGAGCAGAAAGCGGAGCUGAUCCGGGCCCAACGCGACCAGGCCCAGCAGACCAUGUGGGAGAUGGAGAGCAAGUACCAGGCCAGCCACGAGGAGUGGGAGCAGCUGCACGAGGAGCUGAGGCUGUGCAAGGAGGAGAUCCAGAGACUCAACGGCACCAUCCCCACAGGCGGACGGGCUCCAUAUGCACCCGACCCCCCCAUGAUCUCACUCCCUCUCAUAGGACUGGUUGUGAUAGUGGCUCUGCUCUGGUGCUGGUGGGCCGAGACCUCUUCCUAAUCCCGAUCAGGUCCCCAUCGGAGGGCUGAAGCCCCUGGCCCUGUUUGUCGUGCUGGCGGGGGGCCUGUUCCUGUAUCCCUGCCUGAAGAGAUGCAGCAGCAGUUGAAUGUCGGCCUGAGGAGUGUCCCCCCCUUCCUUGCAGAGAGGACCACACGUGCCAUGUACCCCUCCCCACCUCAACCCUGUAAGAACUGAGCACGCCCUCCCCCCUCCCCUUGCAUCCCUGCCCCCAUGCCCGCCUCCACAGAUCCAGCUAGGUCUCCGACUGGAGCUGCCCAGCUUGCAAUCGAGGGAUCCAACCCUCUCGGCCUUGGGAGAGCACCAGCUAGUCUCAUCAGUUACACCAGGCCAGUGGCUGGCCAUCACCAGCAACCCUGCAGAGAAGGCCUUCCCCGCGGGCCUCCACCAUCGCCCCUGCAUGCUCUGAGCCCACAGCCACAGGGUUGGGAGCGAGGUAAGGGGUCUGAUCCAGUGGCAUUUUGAUCUCGCGGUUGGGCUUCCAGCCAGAACUUGCCCGCCAUAGGGAAUGGGAACAUCUCACCCUGGGCCAUGGCUCUCUCCCGCCCCUCGAGUGGUCCUAGGCUGUUUGGGGGGGGAGUUUGGUGACGGCUGGGUCCUGGGGCUUGGGAAGCGGGAGAGGUGGAAGUUUGGGCUUGAGGCCACCUGCGGUCUGCCAGGGGAAGCCCUGCGGAGCCCCAACACGGAGCAGCGCUUGGGAGCUUGGAUGGACACCCUUUGCCUUGGGAGCCCAUCACCUAGUCUUCUGGGCCAGCUGGAGAGGGCAAGGGAGGGCCGGACCUGGUGCAUGGCACUGCCGACCCUGCUCUUUGGGACGCUGCCCUGGCCGGCAUUCAGAGGGCCCAGCACACUUUCCCAACAGCAGGUCUUGGCGGUAAGCGCAAGAACGGAGAGAGGCAUCAAACGGCGGGGAUGUGAGCGUGGGGACGGGGGGCAUUCCUUUUGGGCACUGUUGCGAGCCUGUUUUAACACUGUGAAUAGAAACAUGGGAGCAAACCUCAAACCUCCAGAUCUUCCUGCAGAUUUAUUUUAUUUUCCUCAGAGUUAACGUCCCUUCUUUCCGCCCCCAGGACAGGCUGUUGCCUGCCCUGGGCCCUUGAGUCUAUGCAUCUCCUCCUCACCCCAGUGCUCUUUGGUCUUCCUUUGGGGCCUAGCCGACCUUCCCCCUCCACACACAGUUUCCUCCUAGCCAUGGGAGCAAUUGUAGCAUGUGUGUGUGUGUGUGUGUGUGUGUGUGGUCUUUGCACCUUCGAUGCCAUUGUGACAAUUUGAGGACUGCUGGUACAGAAAGAAGGAGCAGGGGAACGUCCUAGGAAAACCUGCCAAGGCUCGGGACUGGCGUCGUCUGAUAUUUCCAGCGAGUGACGUUUCCACCAUAGCGACAGAUACGCAGCCGUGGCGUGUGGAGUGUUGCACGGCUGGCUGGGCUCAGGGCAUCGGAUCCUUGCCCUCCACGUGUCCCUUAAGCUCCUGCUAUGGGGAGCCUGGCCCCUCCGGCACCCAGCAAUCUGUUGCCCACCUCGACCGCAUCUCCCUCCUUGACCUCUGCACCCGUCUUCCAUCAGAGAAGGGGCCACCUGCCAAAAAAGCCACUGGUGACUCUCUGCAGAUCUCUUGCUUCCUCGUUGUGCUCUGUUGUAACUCGGUAAAAAAGUUCUUUAUCGAUACA